GCACACUCAUAUGAGACGGCAUAUUGGGUUGCAGUUUAUUUUUUUAGAACACAGCUGAUUCCUCUUCUUCUUUUUAGACAGUCACAGACACACAGUUACAGUGCAAGACAAGGAGCAAAGUUACCGAGGCUUAGUUUUCCUUACGCCGGUAGUCCCUGCUCCUUAAUCGCCGAUUGAAAUUACUGCAAAACCGACAGAGAAAUGAAGUUUCUGGAUUGGUACUUAAAGAUUGCGUUAGUGUCAGCUGGUAUUGGAGCUUCAAUGGAGUUUUUUAUGAUCAAAACCGGCUUCUAUGACAAAGUGACUGUUCUAGAGUCAGAGAAGAGGGCUUGGGAGAAUUCCCCAGAAGCUCAGGCUAUCAGAGAAGCACUUGAUCCUUGGAGAAAUAAUGAUGCUCAAGCAAGAAAAAAUUCGUAGCUUUCUGCUGUUGCAGUAUGCUUUCCUCAGGUUUAUUUCUUUGAUGGUUUAACAGUAUUUUAGGACCUUUCUUGUGGAUACCGAUGCAUUUUCUCACAAUAAUUGAACAAAACUAGUCUGUCUGAGUUUCAAUGUUUCAAGCAUAAUGGCCCAAAUUGAUAUCUCCAGUGUAACCAAGUUUUCUGAGUUAUGAGACUGCUCCACAAAACAAAAUAAAAAUAAGUAUUGUUCAAUACAGAA